AUGGGCUUCUUCAAUCCUCAGUAUAAACUGCGAGUACACAUCCUGCAAAUAAUUCUCGUCCACAUUAUCAUUGGCGUCACUACGCCACGGCUCUUUAUGAAAAACCAGCCUCGAACUCGGGCGACCACCAUAGCCUUGGGUAUGGGAGGCAAAUCUAUGAUUAUCAUCUGGUAUCAAAUUCUCACAGAGCACUUCAGCCGUUGUCGCCGAUGGAAAAGCCUCAAGGCCUACUCGAUCCUGAAUGGUCUAGAAGUCGUCUUUUGGGCAGCAGUGGUGUUCCUAGUCAUCCAGGCAAAUAUUCAACGUUGCGUGGGCCUUGGAUGUACGCUUAGUUGGGUCGCCUUGGGCUUCGCCGUCAUUACAACCAUUGUCGCCGUGUACAUGGCUAUUCUUUCCUGGCUCGAGUAUCAAACCUUCCGUCAGCAAAAACAUUCCAAACAUGGCAGGGUCCGAAGCAAUCCAGAGGAUGGUCUGCCGUUAGCCAGGGCCCGUAAGUAA